GGAAGUGCAAUUUAUCCUUUUCAUUUAACUUUGAUUUUAAUGAUGUUAAUAGUGAUGAAUCUUCAGAUUCAGAAACUGCCGCUUUACAAAUUGACGUCUCCGAAGUUGAUAAUUAUGAACCUUCCACUAAACAUAAAAGAGAUACUAUCGAAGAAACUUCUUCAGUUAUUAAUGAAAUGGAAGAAGAAAUUGAAAGACAACUAGAUGCUAAAGCAGCUAAAACUAAUUUAACAGCUACAAAUGUAAAAAAUAUUUUGAAACAUGUCAUUACCAAUGAACAUGUAAUGGCAAUGGUUAAAAAUCGCCUUCAUGACACAGAGAAUGAUGUACCUUUUGAACCAAAAUUAACGAGGGCUAAAGCCAAAGAAUUAGCAGCUGCUCAAGUUAAUAUACCAUGGCCCAUUACUCCAAUAAAAAAAACUUCAUCAGAAGUACAAGUAUUAAUUGAAGAAGAAUUACCAGAAGAUUCUUCUGAUGAAGAAUAUAACCCAGAACAAGAUAAACAAAGUGAUGAUGAAAGGGAAGUAGAAAAUCCUAUAAAUAGUGAUAUAGAUUCUCAACCCUCAACCCCUGCAAAUAAUUGUGAUUCAUCAUUAGUUGAACAGCCUAAAUCACCAUAUAUUCAAUAUGAUCCAGAAGGAAUUUUUAAAAUUCCUGGUAUUCCUUAUGUUCCAACAGAAGAAGAGAAUAUUGGUCAAAGAACACGUUCAAAACUUUGUUUAAGUGAAACACCUUUGGAACAAAUUGAGCAGGCAUUUAUUCCACCAGAUAUAACUACUGAUAUGUAUGAUUGGGACUGUGAAGUAGAUGAAGAUUGGGAUAAUUUUUUAAAAGAAUUUACUCAGCCACUAACUCAAGAACCUAUAGUAGAAGAUGAUCCAGAGGCAGAUCCAGAAUAUAAUAUUUUAGAGGACGAAGAAACAGACUUUUUGGAUAAAGAAGAGUUACGGGCUGAUAAAGCUGUUAAAGUUACACGUAAAGAAUUAAAUAACUUGAUUGCAGAAUUAUUUGAAUUUACAGAUACUUUUUCAAAACAGGAACAAGAAAUUUCAAAGAAGAGAAAAUCUCCAGAAAAUACAAAUUCUUCAAUUGAAAACAAUAUGAUGUAUUGUUCUGUAACAGAUUUAUUACCUCCUUACAAAGAACCUGAACUUCCCAAUUUAAUAAAUCCGAAUCAACGAGAGUUAUUAGCUGUUCAAUUUCGUCAGCAUAUACAAUUAAUGGUACAACAUUUUGCUAUGACUUAUAUGAACCUAGAUUUACAUUCACAAUCGAAAAUAUGUAAACAAAAUUUAAAUAGUAUAAGAUAUUUAAGUAAUGGACCUAAUUCUGCAUACAAUGUAGUAAAUUUACCAGAUGCUUUAAAAUUAGUAUCUGAUUGGGAAAGUAAAUUCUUGGAUAACAAAUUUUCGGAAGAUUUUAAAAAAGCUAUUGCUGAUGAGGAUAUGGUAAAGAAAAUAUAUCUUACAAAUAAGUGGAAAUAUAUUCCUAAAUUUCACCCGGAAUUAAAGAAGUUAUUUAUGGAAAGUAAGGCUUUAAUGUAUCCACAACUCUUGCCUGAAGUGCCAUUCAGAAAUGAGUUAAAUAAAUUUAUGCGAUCUCCAUAUCUAAAAUCUGAAGAAAGUUUAAUUGCAUUAGGUUUAGAACAGUUCCUUCCUUUUGUUACAUCCAGACCAAGAAAAUUUAAAAGUAAAAAACUUCAAUUAAUAGAUGCAGCACAAUUAAUUAUUCAAUAUUUAGUACCAUGCAGAGAACCUCAAGGAUUAUUACAUCACAUACAAAAACGUCGAAACGCAAAAGAUGCAAAUCCAAUAAAACAUUACUUUGAAAAAUGUUGUGCUCCUAGAACAAUACAUUAUAUAACAUUGGAAUGUGAUCUCAAAGCUCCCAAAGAUCAACCAAUAAAUCUUUUACCUUUAGUGUGGCAGACUUAUCUUAAUAAUGUAAAGACAGAGCAGAAAAUUGAUGUAUUAAAGCAAAAACAUAUACUUAAUUCAUAUAAUGAUAUUAUGAAGAAAGAUUGUUUUACAAAUGGAAAAAAGAACCAAGUUACUGCUUGUAAUACUCAUUUCUCACGUAAUCCACCAGUUAAUAUAGUAUCAAAAAUAUUACCUGCUACUACAAAUCAGAAGAUAACAAAUAAAAGCACAUUAAAUGAUAAUUUAUCUACAACUGAAAACACUAAUUCUGAAAUUAUGAAAAAUAUAUUAAAUAAUGGAAGCAAUAUUGAAUUACAUCAUUCUGAUAUGUCAAUUAAAGACCAUAUACCACAUUUUAAUAAUUCUUUAAAAGUUAUAACUAUGCAAGAAGAAAAAGAAAAAAAAGUAGAUGAUUCAAAACAAGUUCAGAAUGAUGCAUCUACAAACUUAAGUACAUCUAAGCAUCCAAAGUUUUCUAGAAAGUCUUCUGAAAUAGUUCAAGAAUUACCACAAUUACGAAAAACUACACCCAGAUUAGCAAAAACAAGAAGUGCUCAAAAUAUGAAAUUAAUGGCUCAAGUUUUAGGACCAAAGGGUUUAUCAAACAAUUGCAAUACUUUGAAGUCUAGAGAAAAAAAUGAGUUAGAUAAAACUUUGGAGAAAAUAUCAGCUCUGCCUAAAAUUGAUAAUGAAGAUGAAAUAGCAGAAUUAAUGUUAGCUAGUACAACUAUUAAAAAAGAUUCUAUUAGUAGAAAAAAAGCUAAGGAAGCUAGAGAACUAGAAAAUAUUAAAAGGCUUUUAGAGUCUGAAAAUCCACUAAAUGAGGAAGAAAGAGGUUCGAAAUUUGCAGCAUCAUAUCUUCAAAAAUUACAUUUGACAUUAGAAUUUAAUAAUCCAGAAACAUUACGAUCUGUGGUAAAAUUAUAUUUAGAUUAUUGUGAAAAAUUAGAUAGUAUCAAUCAGAUAGAAAACGAAUUAUCGUUUUCUAAUCCAUUAAGAUCUCUACAAAAUAAACAAAUUAUGGAAAAUACUGCAAAAGAUAAAGAUGCAAUGACAAUUAAUUUGUAUCAAGAUGUAUGUAAAAAAUUGCGAGAAUAUCCUGAGCUUUGUACAGACUUUUUACUGUUUUUGAAACCACAUCAAGCGGCAAUGAUAAAUAAAUCAGUGGAAUAUGUAAUGCUUCAAAAGAUGAGUGAAUUUGUUAAUGUAGCUCAAAUAUAUUUUGCUAAGCAACCUUCUCGAAUAGCAAAAAUGAUGCAAGCUAUUGCACAACUUUCAUCUGAUCCACAGAUAACAUUAGAACAUGUUCAUACAACCAUGAGCCCCAUACUCAAAGGACAUCCUUUAGUUAUGGAUUUAUUUUUACAAAUAUUACCUACUGCCAAACCGCCAGAAAGUUUGUUUGCGUCACAUAUGUUUGAGAACUUAACUUGCCCAGUAGGACCACAUGAUAAAAAUAAACUUUAUACUGAAGAUGCACCUGAAUUAUAUGAAAAUAUAGAAUUACCUGUAUUAGCAUUUCAAGAAGAUCCUUAUGGUGGAGAAAAUUGUAAAUGCAAUUGUCAUAAUAAUGAUGAAUCCAAAUGUAAAAAUAUUUCUGAACAUUGUGUAUCUUGUGGCACAAGGUUCCUCAAUGGAAAAAUUUACCUCCAAACAUCAGAAGGUUUAAGACCUGCUAAAAUUAUUUUUCCUGGAGCUGAUGAAGAAAAAUUGGAGAAUAUUGCUCGUGUAUCUUUAAAAACUACUGAUAAAUUUUCUUCAUCUAUUUCAUCUAAACAACGAAGAAAGUCUUCAAAAAAUGAAUUUCAUGCUGAUGAACAGUAUCAGAAAUCUUGUGUAUCUAAAAAUUCACCUUCCAAAGAAAAUGAAGAAGGAGAAAAAUUAAUUAUGAAGUCUAAAAAAACUAUAAAGUCUCCAUCAAAAUCUACAGAACAAAAGAAAAAUUUAAAAAGAUCUGGAAGUGAAAUCAAUCAUAUGAACAGAAAUUCAAAAAAAAUGCGUAUAUCCCAAUGUAAGAAUAAAAAAGAGAAAAAAAAUGACAAAGAAGCAAAACUAGAGUACAUAGAUUCAAAUGCUACCACUCACAUGAAAUCAAAUGAAUGUGUAUUUAUUGAUGAUAAAAAUUCUAUUAAAGAAAUAGCAGUAAAAAAUACAUCAGAUGUCGAACUUGAAAUGACAAGUGAUAAUGGAAAUAAAGUUGAUUCAUCUGAUGAAACAAAAAAUGAUAUUGACUUAAACACUAAAUCAUGGACACGACAAGAAGAUAUGAUUCUGUUGCAAGCUAUUAAAAAAGAAUAUUCUGAAAAUUCACUGGUUAUGGUUAGUAAAACAUUAGGAAAUCGUACAAUAAAUCAAGUUAAAAAAAGGUGUGACAUUCUUCUCUCUUUAUUAGAAAAAAUGAUGUAA